UGAAUAUUAGUGUUGUCGUGUAUUGCAGUGAGUAUAGUCUAAGAAUCUUCUUCCAUUACCAAGUACCAACCAACCAACCACAGCCCCAAUAUGUAAUAUGAUGAUUGAUUGAGGUUAUUUUCUUUCUUCUCAGUGCCACUCACGGAAACGGAGACGGAGACGGAGAUGGUGGUUAUCCAGUUUCAGUUUCAACCUCAUAUUCGCUUCUCUUCUCAUUCUCCAUUCGCCUUACCCACAAUUCACCAAUUCCAUCCCCAUAUCCCGAUUCUACCUUCAUCCUUGUCAGCUCAUCAAAUCCGUUUAAAGAAAUUUGCAAAAAGAUCAAGGGUCACUCUCUGUUCUGCACAAACUUCUCAAGAGCAGGAUUCUCAUUUUGUUAGAGACAAAAGUGUCUCCGUUGUCCUACUGGCUGGAGGGAAGGGCAAGAGAAUGGGUGCUAGCAUGCCAAAGCAGUAUCUUCCGCUUUUGGGUCAACCCAUUGCAUUGUAUAGUUUCUACACUUUUUCUCACAUGGUUGAAGUGAAAGAAAUCAUAGUUGUUUGCGAUCCUUCAUACAAGGACAUUUUCCAAGAUUCAAAAGGAAAUGACCAAGCAGAACUUAAGUUUGCACUGCCUGGAAAAGAAAGACAGGAUUCUGUUUACAGUGGGCUUCAGGCUGUGGAUUCAAACUCUGAGCUUGUUUGCAUUCAUGAUUCUGCAAGACCUUUGGUGUUAUCAGGAGAUGUGAAAAAGGUCCUUAAAGAUGGAUUGUUGAAUGGAGCUGCUGUUCUUGGUGUCCCUGUUAAGGCCACGAUCAAAGAGGCAAACAGUGAAUCAUUUGUAGUUAGAACACUGGACAGAAAAACCCUGUGGGAGAUGCAGACGCCCCAGGUUAUCAAGCCUGAGUUGCUAAGGAAAGGCUUUGAACUUGUAAAUAGAGAAGGUCUUGAAGUUACUGAUGAUGUGUCCAUUGUAGAGCACCUUAAACAUCCUGUUUAUAUCACUGAAGGAUCUUAUACCAACAUCAAGGUAACUACGCCUGAUGACUUGUUACUGGCAGAGAGAAUAUUGAAUAUAAAUUCUUGAGAGACUUUAGUUUUGCCAUUUCACCUGUAAAGGGAAAUCAUUCUCAAUUAAAUUUUCCAUAAUAUAUUGCUUUUGGUCCUGCAAGGUGCAAGCAAUCUCGCAGCACACUUGUAAACAAAUUGAGUUACUUUGUAUGACUUUUAUAGAGAUUUGUGUAAAAACACAUGGGAAAUGUUGCUUUAAACAAGGGAAAUGUUUCCGCAUGGAAGCGACAA